CUUGAUUGCGUGUGUGCGCAGUGCGGGUCGCGUGUAAGAUCAGCUGAUCCACCUAUGAGAGCCGCUUUCGAGCAGAAAGGAUGUGGGAAUUGGAGGACUUCACCGAGAUCCGCAGGUGGUAUGCGCUACACCUGCUGUUGUGUGUCACAUUCUUCAUCUCGGGUGUGAUAAUCAACUUCAUCCAGUUUGUGCUCUAUGUGACGUUGCGGCCAUUCAACAAGUCCCUCUACUGUCAAUUAAAUUACUACCUCAUGUACUCCUUAAUGUCCCAGGUGUUGUUCCUGGCUGAAUGGUGGUCAGGAUCCGACGUUCGAGUGUUUGCCUCCGAAGAGUGCUUCAACAAGUGGGGGAAGGAACAUGCUCUCAUCAUCAUGAACCACACAUAUGAAGUGGACUGGCUAAUGGGAUGGAUAAUUGCAGACAGAUCAAAAACUCUUGGGUCUGCCAAAGUGUUUGUAAAGAAAAUGAUGCAGUAUGUGCCAACUAUAGGAUGGGCUUGGAGAUGUUCUGAUAUUAUAUUCCUCAAUCGCAACUGGCAAGAGGACAAAAGAAUCAUGCAGAAUCAAAUCAAGGAAUUUUUCGAUUACCCGUACCCAGUGUGGAUGCUCUUGUUUGCCGAGGGAACCAGAUUUACUCCUGAAAAGCAUGAAGCAAGUAUGGAGUUUGCACGGAAGAGAGGGCUGCCCGAGCUGAAGCGUCACCUGAUCCCUCGUACCCGCGGCUUCAUCCAGUGUGCUCAGUCUCUAAAGGGAAAAUUCCCUGUUAUAUACGAUGUCACAGUUGGGUUUAAUACGAAAGAGGGUGAGGAGCCAACUUUACAGAACAUGCUUCGUGGCCACAAGGUCAUGAGUGAGAUUUAUGUGCGCCGACUUCCCCUUGAUGAGGUUCCAGAUGAUGACGAAGGAGCUUCAAAAUAUCUGCAUGAUCUUUAUAGAACAAAGGACCAGCUUUUAGACAGCUACCUCAACACAGGCAGCUUCACCAAAGAGAAUGACCAGCCCGACCACAAAGGCAGAGCAAUGCCCAGGAGACUCUUCUCCCUGCUGAACAUGAUUGGCUGGGCUGCCUUCGUCCUGUCGCGGAUUCUCAGCUUCUAUUACAACCUCAUAACAAGUGGUUCCAUCCUUUCCAUAUCAUUUGCAAUAGGCAUUGUUAUCUUUGCAUACAUUUGCUUGUACAAGAUGAUCGGCCUGACAAAGAUUGCCAAAGGGUCGCAGUAUGGCAACACAGGCGCGAAGAAGAAAGAGUAAGCUCCCCCCACCCCCCCUUCAUAUUGCAGAGAAAAUGAAAAGAAAGAAGGAAAGAAAACAAAAUCCUGAAAAAAAUAAUAAUAAAAAU